GUCUCUGCUGUUUUCUUCUGAUAAAGCCAGAAGUUAACUAGACAUUUUAUUUUUUAUUUUUUUUCCAACUGCGCUCUGUUGGAAAAUUAGCUUCAAAAUAUCCGUUUUAUACAAACAUAAGAAGAUACGGGCCGCACCGUGCUAAGACGAGCUAGCUCUCGAGGCUAAUCUUGACUAGCUGCAAGGCUUUUCUCCACCGACGCAACAUUCACUGAGCCUGCAAACGAAGCCUGUCAAAAUGAGUGCACCUUCCUCCCAAAAAGUGGUCCUGAAAAGCACCACCAAGGUGUCCCUGAACGAGCGCUUCACUAACAUGCUGAAGAACAAGCAGCCUGCUGCGGUAAGCAUUCGAGCCACCAUGCAGCAGCAGCACCUGGCCAGUGCCCGUAACCGCCGACUGGCCCAGCAGAUGGAGAACCGGCCGUCAGUGCAGGCUGCUCUGAAUCACAAGCAGAGCUUGAAGCAACGGUUGGGGAAGAGCAACAUCCAGGCGAGGCUGGGCCGGCCAGUCGGUGCGCUGAUGAGAGGAGGACCUGUAGGAGGAAGAGGAGGCAUGAGAGGGAUGACUAGGGGAGGCCUCCGAGGACGAGCCAGAGGAGGAGCGAUGAGGGGAGCGCUGUCUCUGAGAGGGAAGAGGAUGACCACAGGUGGUCCGAUGAGAGGGCGCGGCUCUGCUGGUCGCCUGGCGAUGCGUAGAGGAGGACGCCACCGUGGAGGACCCCCUGGCAGAGGAGGCGCUCUGAUCAGAGGAGCAGCACGUGGGGGAGUUGCAAGAGGUCGUGGUGGUCUGCGUGGACGUGGUGGUUUCGCUGGUCGGGGUGGUCGAGGGCGUGGGAGGGGCCGGGGAAUUGGCCGUCCUUCUGUGACUCGCGAACAACUGGAUAACCAGCUGGACGCCUACAUGUCGAAGACCAAAGGUCACCUGGACGCAGAGCUGGAUGCCUACAUGGCCCAGGCGGACCCCGACAGCAUGGAGUGACUCUGAUGCACACGAAGAGAGUCUCUGCUGAACUGCACAACUGAACUCGAACGCACAAAAUGAAGUGUGAAUUACACCAGAAAUGUUCUGAGACGUGAUUGUGUUCAUAAGUUAGACGGCAGAGAUGAAAAUCGAGUAGGGGGUCGAGGUUUCACUUGAAUGUGCUUCGACCACGACUCGGUCCUGCAUCGACCUGCUCCUGAGAAACCUUUUAAAUCUUUGCGAAAGGACCUUUUAAUUAUUAAUUUACCUUCUGUCUCUAGAACCAUAUUUUUGUUCUGUUUUUUUAUACAUUAUCUGUAAAAUGGAAAUGUGUACCGGCUUUUUAAAAAAAAAAGACCCGGGAAAUGUUGUGUCCACUGAAGUUGAAAACUCCUUUAUUUUAUAACUUUUGUUUUAGAUAGAUCUUAGCGUUUGUUGGUUCUAUCUCAAACAUUUGCGACCUUUUCUAGAUUCGUGUUAAAAAAAGAAUGUAAGAAAAGAGUUAUAAAGCCAAGAAUCCAUUUGUCUGUUUUGUAUUUUAAAAGAUGUAGUGCUCAGUUUUUCCCGGUCUCUGUAUCUGAAAGCUGUCGGCUCUCUGCUGUGGAGGUCUGCGAUUCUUAUCUUGUACCUGAGAGCAUUUGUAUAAAAUUACCUGAAGCCAGUGAAAUAGGUUUUAAUUAAAAUGGAAACGACGAUUUCCCAAAACUG